AUGGUGUGUCUGUGGCUCCCCAGAGGCCCCUGGUGGCAGCUGUGGUCCCUGACACUGAUGGAGCUGAGCCCUCCCGUGGCUUUGCUCAGGGACCCCCGACCUCGUUUCUUGCAACAAGUUAAAAGCGAAUGCCAUUACUCCAAUGGGCUGGAGCGGGUGCGGUACUUUCAGCGACACAUCUAUAACCAGGAGGAACACUUGCGAUUUGACAGCGAAGUGGGCAAGUACCAAGCAGUGACUAAGCUGGGACAGAUCCAAGCAGAGUACUGGAACAGCCAGAAGGGUUUCCUGGAGCAGAAGCGGGCCAAGGUGCACACAUUCUGCAGAUUCAACUACGCCAUUGUGGAGAUACUAACAGUGCAGCAGAGAGCUGAGCCCCAGGUGACUGUGUACCCAACAAAGACACAGCCCCGGGAGCACCACAACCUCCUGGUCUGCUCUGUGAGAGGCUUCUACCCCGGCCAGAUUGAAGUCAGAUGGUUCCAGAAUGACCAGGAGGAGAAGGCUGGGGUGGUGACCACAAGCCUGAUCCGGAACGGAGACUGGACCUUCCAAACCCUGGUGAUGCUGGAGACGGUUCCUCAGAGUGGAGAGGUUUACACCUGCCAGGUGGAGCAUCCCAGCCUGGCCAGCCCUGUCACAGUGGAGUGGAAGGCUCAGUCCUCAUCUGCACGAAACAAGAUGCUGAGUGGAGUCGGGUUCUUCGUGCUGGGCCUGCUCUUCCUCGGGCUGGGGCUGUUCAUCUACUUCAGGAACCAGAAAGGACAGUCUGGACUCCAGUCAACAGGUAACAUCCUUCAGUCUUCCCUCAGAGGCAGAUCUGCUUUCCCUAUAGUGUGGGCUGGGGUGUGA